AAUGUGUCAAUUUAUCAAGAAGGCACUGUUUACAUUGUGUUUGUCCAUCAUAAUGUUGUGGAUGUAUCAAUAUUUCAAUCCCGAACAUUCAAUUAUUAAUCAUGAACAUUAUGGAGCUGGAUAUAAAUUGAAUGCACCAAUGCCUUCACGUUCCGAGCUGAUUUCCAAAUUGGAGAAGCAUAAGAGCCAAUCUGAAGAUGAAUUUGAUGUUUUAAUUAUUGGAGGUGGAGCAACAGGAAGUGCAAUUGCAUUGGAUGCCAAUUCUAGAGGACUCAAAGUUGCUUUAUUUGAAAAGGAAGAUUACAGCAGUGGUACAUCCAGUCGUUCAACAAAAUUACUUCAUGGUGGUGUGAGAUAUUUGAAAAAAGCAAUGACAAAUUUGGAUGCUUCACAAUUCUUCCUUGUCAGAGAAGCUCUCCAUGAAAGAUAUCUCCUCUUCAAUCAAGCUCCACACUUGACCAAUUUCAUUCCACUCAUUACACCAAUCUAUUCAUGGAGUGAAAUUAUUCCAACAUUUAUUCAAUUGAAACUCUAUGAUUGGAUUGCAUAUCCACAUCUUCAUGAUAGUUAUUUUGUUAGCGCAGAGGAAGCUAGCAAAUUAUUCCCAAUGAUUAAGAAGGAAGGUCUGAAGGGAGCCAUGAUUUAUUAUGAUGGUCAAUUUGAUGAUGCCAGAACUAAUCUGGGAUUAAUUUUGACUUCCAUUCAGAGAGGAGUAUUGUCAUUGAAUAGAUUUGGAGUUGUUGAACUCACUCAUAAUUCCACAGGAAAAUUGAAUGGAGCUAUUGUGAAGGAUGAAUUGACUGGAAAAACAUAUCCAGUUAGAGCUAAUACUAUUAUUAAUGCAGCUGGACAUUUUGCUGAUGAUAUCAGAUUGAUGGAUGAUGCAACAUCUACCAAACUUCUUCAAGCAGCUUCUGGAAUUCACAUUGUUUUGGAUGGUAAAUUCUGUCCAGCCAAUGAAGGACUCUUAAUUCCAAAAACGAAGGACAAUCGUGUGUUAUUCUUACUUCCAUGGAAGGGUAAAACACUUGCUGGAACAACUGACUCUCCAAGUCCAAUAACCAAUAAUCCAAAACCAAGUGAAGCUGAUAUUCAGUACAUUCUCGAUCACAUUAAUAUGUACUUCCAGGUGAAGGUUUCGAGAGAGGAUGUCUUAUCUGCCUGGAGUGGAAUUAGACCAUUGAAGAAGGCGACUGAGGAGAAGGAUACUGCAUCAAUCUCUAGAGAGCAUGCCAUUUAUACAUCACCAAGUGGAUUAAUGACAAUUAUUGGAGGAAAAUGGACAACUACUAGAAGUAUGGCUUCAGAUAUUAUGGAAAAGGCCAUCAAACAAUCUCCACAACUCCAAGAAAGAAUAAUUGGCCCACCAUUCACUGAUAGAAUCAAAUUAGUUGGUGGUGAGGAGUUCAAUCCUCUCUAUGUUAAAAAGAUGAAGCUCGAUCCAAUCAUUGCUGAGCAUUUGAAUUCAGUUUACGGAGAUCAAGCUUAUUUAGUUGAAGAAAUUGCUUUGAAGGAAGGACGUACAGCAAAGCUUCAUCCACUCUAUCCAUUCAUUGAGGCAGAAAUUAUCUACUCAAUUAGAUAUGAAUAUGCUGUAAAGAUUUUGGAUAUUCUAGAAAGAAGAACUAGAAUUCAGUUCAUUGAUACCAAGACAUCUUCAUCUCUCAUUCCAAUUAUUUCUCAAAUUAUGGCUGAAGAAUUGAAAUGGACUACAGAACAAAAAACUGCUGAAGAACAAGAAGUUCAUAAAUAUUUACAAUAAAGAACUUACCUUU